UUGUUGAGAUGUUUGUACUGCUUGUCCUGAUGAUAGUCUGUGUGGAUAGUGUUUACUCAGCCCUUAACUACAGAGUACAUAUGUUGACACUGUUGCCCUUUACACAUGAUUACAUCAAGCAGCACAGGGGGCGUGAUCAAUCAAUUAAACCUAUUGAUUUUCCUUAAUUAACCAAUUCAUAGGGGCUAAGUUGUGGAUUCUGAGCAAACAGAAAAGAGGGGACUUCACUUUGUUUGAAAAUACAGAUAAACAGAAUAAAUUCAGAUUUUAUUCUGCAGGACAAAGACAAAAGCCUCCUCUGGAGGGCGUAGAGGAGCUGAGGGGGAAGCAAACACACUGUGAAUUCAGUCAAACCUUAACACAGGCAUGGAACCCAUCAUCUAUAAGUCUGCAUGACUUACAUUUCCUACGUAUAUUAUUAUUUAUUAUGUCCAUAAAUUCACUUACAAAUCAUAUGCGAAGGAUGCCUCAGAACUUGCCUGGCAAACAUCAUAUUUUUAAGUUCUAUUCAGUGUCAAAGUAAUCCAGUUACAUAUAUCCAAAAAUAUAUGGAUUAUAUGCAAACAGAAACAGGUAAUGGCUAAUUCGGCAUACCUUUAAUGGUGCCAAAAUGUAAAUAAAUACGGCUUAAAAGAGAGUACCAGCACAAAAAUGGUAAUUCACAGACUGAUUAACCAGUUAAAUCUUGAGACAUCAGACAUCAGACAUGAAACUGACCUUUUUAAUCAUAACUGCUUAUAAUCCUUAUUGUGAAUACAGGUCCGUAAAUACAUUUAUAAAUGGUAUAGACAAGCUGCUUCAGAACCUGCCUGAGAAUGAUCACAUUUUUACAUCAUAUUCAGUAUAAAAGUAAUCCAAUAAUAGUUAUAUGUACAUGUAUGGGUUUAAUGUAAACAUGAUAUAUUAAUAACUAAUUCGGCAUAGAUUUUAUAUUGCCACUGUCCCAAAAUACGGACAAAUUUAGGGUUAAAUACAGAAAUCCAGUACCAAAAUGGUAAAUAAGAGACCAACAGAAACACCUUUUCUACUAAGAAGCUGUUACAAACAUACUAGAGUGCAGUGAGGUGUGUGAUAAUGACAGGCUCUCCUCCUUCUGUGGAUCAACAGUGUAAUAGUCCUAUUAAAGCCUCUGAGCCAGUGUCAGCAGACCUCCCUCCUCCUCUUCCUCCUCUUCCUCCUCGCGCUGCUCCAAACAGGUAUGAUUGAUGACGUCGGCACCCACCUCUUCCUCUGCUCCGGUGUGCUGCGACGCAGCUCCAGGAUCAGUUCUCCGGCGGAGAUUUUUUUUUUCUCCCCCCCUUGCUGUAAGAAACGUGUCCACCGUCCACUUUACAUUCCCUGCUUCGCUUCAGCCCUCUGAGACGACGAUGGUGAAGAUUUCUCGCUCGCUUGUCGGACUUUAACUUUUGACCCGUUCGGCGCGGACUCACACAGAAUUUCAAACAUCUAUCGGACAACAAGGGCGACAGUAGCAGCCCUCUGUCCACGAUGUCCUCCAGAAGUAAAAAUGACUUGUGCCGAAUUUGUGGCGGGACUCUCCAGGGAAACCAAAGGCGGUGGCUGUUUGGGGGCCAGAAUAAGAAGACCGGUCAGACCCCGACAGAGUCCCUGAGAGGAGGGAGCCUGUCCCGGUCCUCGCAGAGCAGCCCCUGGGGUAGUACAUUAUCUUUGGGUUCCUCUGUGUCUCUAUCCAAGUCCCAGCUGUCCCUGAGCUCACCGUCCAAAGGAAUGGAUCUGCUUUCUGUGUUGACUCACAUACUGGGGCAGCCUGUACCCCGGGGCAGCGAGCGGGGGGAGUUUGUGUGCGGCAAAUGCGUGUGCGUCCUCGAGCAGGUAUUCAAGUACGACUCGGUGAUAGCCAGGGUGAGGGUCCUUUCGUCCGAGAGGCUGCAGAAGCUGGUGCAGGAGAGGGACAAGAUCAGACAGUGGGUGCACCAAAACUACUGCCAGAGACACCCGCAGGACUUCCAGAACCGGGGCAGCACCAGCGAGGAGGAUGGAGAGCUAGAGAAGGAGGGCUACAGGGAGAUGCUCAAGGAGAAUAUGGCGCUCUCAGAAUACGAAUGCUGGUCCGAGAAGUGGGACACGUGUCCGUAUUUUAUAAGGACAGGAAAAAGAUGCCGAAAGGGCAAAGGAUGUGAAGGCUGUGAUUCGUUACGGGUGUCCGAUUCAGAUUAUGAGUCUGUUUGCGGGGUUCCUCGCCGACUGCCUUUUCAACCCUUCUCCCCGUUGUCGUUGUCACGAGACAAAUCCCGCAGCAUGCCGCUCCACUGGCACAAGGUGCCAUCCAUCAACUCCAGCCCAUCUUCACUGGCGGGGUCCUGUCUUUCUUUACAUGCAUCCUCACGUACUGAGUCCAUUCAGUCACUGGACUCACUUGAUGGCAACAACCCGUUUGACUCACCAGGCGGUCAGACAGCCAACUUUGUGCUGAAGGAGCUGAGAAGUAUUGAAGGAAAACUGCUCAGUUCGCCAUCAGGGAGUAGAAUCCCAAUCUUGGGCAGGAAGGAAGGCAGGUACUCUGGAAAAGUCGGCGAGAUGAGGUCACCCUCAGUGAACAGGGUGCUAGACUUUGUGGAGGUGACGAAUGGAGGGGAUGAAAUGGACGAAGAGGACGGGGACGUGCUAACAGAGCUGAGGGACGAGUUCAUGCCUCUUCAUCGAGAGAAUACAGCUGGUAAGGUUCACCACGCUUACAGGCAGCUGCAAGGCCAGCUGGACCAAGCUGUGUCCCGUAUCAGGACCCUGGAGGCCGAGCUGAAACAUGGGAAGAGCAAACCAGCUGAAGUCAAUGGAUCUGAAGACUGGGCGCCUCUGGUGCAGAAGGAAGGCGGCAGUGCCCUGCUGCAGAGCCUCGGUCACUCCCUCCACAGCCGGGAGCGUCUGAUCCAGGACUGUAUGGGUCUGAUCAGAAGACUAAGUGUGGAGGAGGCAACAGGGACUGAGCUGAGCAACAAGCUGACUGAGAGUCUGAAGGAAAUUCUCUCUGAAAACAAGGCUGCCCUGGAGACUCUGAGGUCUGAAAUGACAGAGAAAGAGAAAGACAUGGAGAAAGAGAUCGAGGCACUGAGGAAGGCUGGAAGAGACAGAGAGAGAGACCUCAACACACUCAACACAGUACUGCAGUGCAACCAGGAUGUUAUCAACGACCUGCGAGUGUCCCUGGGGGAGAAGGAUCGACUGUUGAAGGAGGAGGAGAAAGAGAGGGAGGUGUGGAGACACAGGGACAGGGCCCUCACCACAGUCCUGCAGGAGAAGGAGGCUCUGAUCCACUUCCUCAAAGCGGAACUGGAGAGAUGUCAGAAAGAAACGCAGGCUCUCUCUGACUCUCUGAUUGGUCAGGGGUUGACUGGGGGUGGAGCUCAGCCGACAGCCUUGUUGGAGGAAAGAGAGGGAAUCAGCACCACCUUGUGUGAAGAGGUCACCAAACUCACCACAGCUCUGCAGGAAUACCAGGAUAUGGUGCAGAGCCAGCAGCAGAGUCACAGUCAGAUGGUUUCCUCUCUGACAGCUCAACUCAGAGACACUCAGCAGGAGCUGAGGGAGAAGGAGAAGCAGAAGAAGGAGGCCGAUAGAUCCUGGCAGAAUGACAGAGAGGACAGAGAGAGGGAGGAGAGGAAACUGAGGGCCAGCCUGGAGAAGAGAGACAAGCUCAUAGAGCAAAUCCUGUUGGAUGCUGAGGAGCGGGACCAUCUGUUCAGAGAGCUGCAGCAGAACCUGCAGAAUAAACGUGAACCUCUGACGGCAUUCAAACACACACUGUGAUCGAGGACAACGGCGCCGACAAAAUGCAAACUAACUGCACACAGACGAACGAUUACUUUUGCACUUUCUCGCCCCCCUAUUUAUGGUGGUGUAUAGUAAGUCUAUUUAUAUUUAGCUCUUUACAUUUUUGAGGUUUGCAUUUGCAGACCUGCCUCGUUCUGGCAUGGGCCAAAGAAAUGUUUAAUUUUCUACAAUUACUACAAAGCCUCUCUGAAGUGAAUCAGUAAUUUCAGGCUCAGAGAGUCGGGUACAGGCUGAUUGUUUUCAGUAUGGAGAGGGGUCAGGUCUAGCCUCUUAAAGCUGGAUGUUUAAUACUUGAUUUAAAAGUCAUCUAAUUACUGUAUUUAGUUAAUCUUUUGAAUGUAAUGGGUCUAAUGGCUCGGCAGUGAUUGGAUUUCAUUUCAUGCAGUGGGAUUGUUGGUGAUACAAACAUUUCUGAAUGGUAUUGUAAGUGGAUCUAACAUUAGUCUGAGAUCUGGGUACGAUGUUGCUUUAAAAUCUGAAUUUGCCUGUCUCUGUUCUACAAAACUUUGCAGUGGUGUCUUUAUUUUGUUUGUCUUUUUACUUUCUUGGCACAGAACUGCCAUUGUUUUUUGGUUCACAGUCCCUUCCUUUGCAUUCAUUGCGAUUAUUUAGGACCAAAAUAUUUUUAACUGCUCUAAAUUUCUGCUUUUAUAUAUCUCUCUUACUUUUCAAUUAUUUUCAAUGUUUACAAGUCUUGUAUUGUUGAUCUGGGACAUAUUACUGGAGACAUUUUCUUACCUUUAGCUCAAGAGAAUUAAACACUCUGAUUUAAAUUGUCUGAAGAUGCUAUUAUUUGUAUUCAUGUAUAUGUAAAACUAGGCAUACUACAGGUUACAGUCUUAAAUGUGAGUUAACCAAGAAACACAGGACUCAAUAUUCCAUAAAGUGGUGUAGGGAUAACAUAUUUUUGUUGGCUAACCCGGAAGUUGGCACUGCCCUGGUUCCCUUGACAAGAUUGUGGCCAAAAUUUUGAUUACUGUCAAAAAAUGAAAUCUUGUAAACAUGAUACACGUUUGUUCAGUAAAAUAAUCUUAACAGAUUAA